CGCAUUUUCGUGUCUUGCCAGCCGUCGCUUGUUUGGAGGCUGGAACCCACGCGUGUUGUGUGUGAGGCGAGCGGGAAGGAGGGAAGAGGGAGGACGAUGGUCACCAAGCCGGUGAGCCACAUGCCCAGGAAGGCAGGGACGCCCCCGCCUUCCACAAAACCCCAGAAAUCCACCUCCAGGUUGUCUCAGAGCGUCAGGUCGAUGGACGCGAAACCGGCGAAGGUGCUGAAGGAGAUCAGAUCGGUGAUGAUUGACCUGGGCACCGGCUACUGCAAGGCUGGCUACGCCGGCCAGCCCAGACCUUCAGUGGUCCUCUCCUCGGUGGUGGGCCGGCCGGUCCAGAUGACUGCCAAGACUGGGGACAACCGCCAGGAGAACUACGUGGGCGACGAGCUGGGCAGGUCCGAGCACAAACUCAAGCUGAUCAACCCUCUGAGGCAUGGCAUCGUGGUGGACUGGGAAGCGGUGGAGGCCAUCUGGGCGCACAUCUUUCACAAGGGCAUGAGGAUCCUGCCGGAGGAGCAUGCAGUGAUGCUGGCUGACCCUCCCCUCAGCCCCAGCACCAACAGGGAGAAGAUGGCCGAACUCCUCUUUGAGACCUUCAGCAUCCCGGCCAUGCACAUUGCCUACCAGUCCAUCCUCUCCCUAUAUUCUUAUGGCCGCACCACUGGCCUGGUGGUGGAGUGUGGCCACGGGGUCACCCACGUAGUCCCAGUGCACGAGGGCUACAACAUGCCCCAUGUAACAGGCAGGGCUGACUAUGGAGGCUCAGAUCUCAACGACUAUCUGCUCAAACUGCUCAACGAGGCUGGCAACAGGUUCACUGAGAAGGGCCUCCACAUUGUGGAGGACAUCAAGAAAAAGUGCUGCUACACUGCCGUUAACUUCGACCACGACAUGAGCCUGGAUAUCAAUGAGUAUCUGGUGGAAUAUGAACUGCCCGAUGGCCACGUCAUUGCCAUUGGGCAGGAGAGAUUCAGGUGCCCCGAAGCCCUUUUCAAUCCGUCUCUGAUCGGGUCCAAGGAGCCUGGCAUUCACUCCCUGGCCUUGCACAGUCUGGACAUGUGCGACAGCAACCUCAAGUAUGAGAUGUACAACAACAUCCUCCUGUGUGGGGGCUCCACUCUGUUCGACGGCUUCUCGGACCGUCUGCAGAAAGAAAUGAACAAGAUGGAACAAGGCAUGAACCCCACCGUCCAUGCUAUACCCGAGAGAAAAUAUUCAGUGUGGCUGGGAGGCUCCAUUAUGGCUUCUCUCAAAUCCUUCCAGCAGCUCUGGGUCCGCAAGAGAGAUUAUGAUGAACGAGGACCAUUUGUCAUUUACCGCAAAUGCUUCUGAAACUGCUUCUCAGAAUCGUGGCCUCAUUUUUUUCCGUUGCAUAUUUUAAUUCUUGGUUCGUUUCCGACUUUAUAGGUACAUCUAAUUUAUCAUGAUUGUGCUACCAAGCCGCAACACUUACUGUCAUAACUGUAAUAAAGCAUUUGCAAACUAACUGGUGAGUCUGUUUCUCCCACACCCCACCCUCCCCCACUUUCUAUGAAAUCUCAAAUCUGCUGCCUGCCUAGGGCAGUUCUUGCAUGUAAGCAGUUUACUCUUUAUGGAUCCUAGCUGUGCAUUCAGUAGAAUGCAACCAAACAGUAGAGAGCUGGCAUAAAGUUACUCCGUCUACGCAGCUGUGGAAUCAGUGUCUCUGUAAGAUCGGUGGCUUUUAACCAGAUUAACAGAAAUCUGGAAUUAAUGGGCUCAUUUUUUUUAGACAUACAUGGCCCCCUGAUAAUUCUAGCAUUAAUGAACAUAGUCCUGAAGAUUCAAACUGACCCCAGAUUGGUCGACUUUUCAAAGCCAGACCAUUUCCUAGCUACCCUGAGAUCUUUAGUUCUAACUAAAAGU